AUGGCCGCGGAAAAGAUUUCUCUAUAUAAUCUCGCAGAUCUAAAGAACACGACCGACGAUGCGAUCCCCAACUACCUCAACUCCCUAAAAAUCAAGCAGACACACUUCCUCAGCGAUGUACGGCUAGGGCUCGGGUACAGCGCAUUCCUCAUCGCUGCCGCUUGUUUCGCGUGGGACUACAAGCUGGGCUUUGAGGACACCAAGUUCUACACAGCCAUCGCAGUGGCCGUCUACACCGUUCUAAACGGUGUCUUGACAUUCUGGAUGAUGUUUGUGGAGAAGGGUGUUAUAUAUCAGGGAAUCACGCCAUCGGGAGAAAAGAUCACAGUAGCCAGCGCAACGAAGAAGCUGGACCCUACGUACAAACUCAGCAUCACCGUCACGGACAAGUCUGCCAAGUCACGGAUCAUCGAGGUGGCCAAGCCAUUUGCCUCCUUCUUCGACGAGAGCGGCUACUUUGUCGCUGCUCCUUUCCAGCAGAUCCUCGCCACUGCGGUUCCUGUAGUCGGCAAGCUGGACCCUAAGCGCAUCAAGUCGGAAUCUCAGGACAUGCUGAAUGCGAACCCGGAGCUUUUGGAUGCGAUUCUUGCCGCGAACAGCGGCUCGUCUACGGGGGCUGAAGCCGCAGAGGGUGGAAAGCGACGAAAGGCAUGA